CGUUCAAUCGAUAAUGCAGAACGACGACUUUAUCCAGCUCGAGCACAUCAGUUCGCCCGAUCCGCAACCGGGCGACGAAGAGGCCGACAUCCUCAUGUCCCUGCCAUCCGGCGUGAACGUGUUUGGCGUGGACGCGAACGGCUCUUCGCAGACGACGCUCCUGCUCGAAGACGCCCCAUUGACUGUGUGCCGCUUUCGCCACUCGCACGCUGCCUCUGCCUCCCCUGCUCCGUCAUCAUCGGGAGCGCCGUCUGCGCCUGCGUUCGAAGAGACGCUCGAAGGCUUUCUGCAGUGCGCCGAGUGGAUCUUCCCGCUGAUGCGCGACUCGCCCGUCCUGCGCGCUGGGCCGCGAUUCUACAUCUUCCCAAACCCACUGCGCGACGAGUCGCUCCCAGCGCACGACCAGACGACCGCUACUACAAGCAGCUUGCACACGGCCGAGUUCACCGGCCUCAUCCUGGGCUACUCGAUCGAGGACAACUACGUCCGGCUGCUCGAGGAGAUGAUGCGCCACUUUUGCGACUUUCGCGAUGGCGGACUGAGUGCUUCGUCGUCGUCGUCGUCGUCGUCGUCGUCGUCAAGCUCAGCGUCAUCGGCACGUUCGUCCUCCAUCAACUACAGAAACCCGUCCAGCUCCAGCGCCGCCAGCACGUCGAAUAGCGCGCCCGUCUCUCGUUCGAGCUCUUCCAGCGCCUCCGACUCUGGCUGGUUGGCGACAGGAUUGGCGUUUGGCAAAAUCGCGUUCGAAAAGGCCAAAGAAGCUUCCACGGCUGCUGCUUCGGCUGCCAAGAUGCAAUACGACGCAUACCAAGAACGGAAUCGUGUUGCUCGGGUCCAGCUCGACUCGGAUGGGUCCAUUCUCACAGCCAAGAAUGUUGUUGCCUACCUGGUGAAUGCACAGGAUGAGUCUAAGCUUGCUGCUCAGGGCGAACUGAAGCUGUUUUCGAGCGAGGCAGAUUGCAAGGUGCAAAUCCGUGACUUUUCCAUGUCGUUGACAGAAGUCACAAAGUGCAUUCGUGAUCGCAGCAACAAGGGCUUUAAACUGCUCCUGCGAAACGCCAGUCAGCUCUUGCUGCUGUUUGAUACACGAUGUCCCGAAGAGGUGUUUGACAAAUUUGAAGAGGUCGCGCGUCGCUACAUUGGCGAGGCUGCAGUCGUCCGAACUCGAACUGCUAGUGAAGAAGCCGAUUGGGCCGACUACAUCCAGCAAGCCCUUCAGCGCAGCUCGGUUUGGAUUUCAGAGACGGCCGUUCGCGGUGCUGCCGUUGCCGGACAAGUUGUGGUGCAAGGGGGCGACAAGCUGAUUUCCGUCCUUCCAAAGUCGGAGCAGCCUGCUCGCGUUGAUCACCAAACGAGUCGGAACUUGCAAUAUGCCAAGACGUUUACUGGCGGUGUUGUCAAAGUCAGCUCGGUUGUCGUCAAGGGCGUGCACAAGGUCGCCUCACACGUGGCCUUGCAGGUCACACCGCACAUCAACAAGGCCCUGUAUGGCCCGCAAGCAACCGAGCAGACCAAGCCGAGCAAUCUGCAUCGUGUGGCCGCCUCGGGUGCUGUUGCAGUUCACACGGUGUUUGAAGGUCUUGAGCGGGCUGCGGAAAUCAUUGGCAAGGACGUGCGCUCCGCGACUGUUGCCGUGGUUGCACACCGCUAUGGCCGCCCAGCAGGCGUGGCUGCUGGCGACGCCAUGGACACUGCCGGCAAUAUCGGACGCGUUGCCCUCAACACGCGCAAGAUUGGCACGGGCGCGUUUGUGCGAAUGACUGCAACCGAGGCCAGCAAACAAGUCUUGGCAGGCAAUCAGCAGCGUCCAGAACAGCCGCAAGGUCCUCCUGCCCUGUCCGCGCCAGCCUCCAUGCCUGCACUGGAGGCUCCCCGCUCGAGGCCCAUGAUUGAGGCUGCUGCACCAGCAGAACCUGUCGCACGACCAGUCUCGGCGCCUGCGCGUCCUGUUUCACCGCGUACCAGCACUCCGCAACGCCCUCCGCCACCGCAGUCCAAUGCUUCACAACAGCGUGUGAUGAUGACAGAGUAAAUGGGGGCCCAUUCUUUUUCCUUUUUUUUUUGAAUUUUUGAUCAUGUUUCGGAUUAUUUUUUUGCCACUUGUGUUUCAGUUGAUGCAUUGCAGUGUGUGUUUUUGGUGGUGUGUAUCUAUUGUUGUCCCACUUUGUGUUUAGUUCAUGUCUUGCAAAUUUGUGCAGGUUUGCAUUCUUUUGUUUUGUGACGUUGGGGCUUAUUAAACAAA